CAGGCUUCGGAUCCAUCGGAGACGACCUCUACCAGUGAGUUCUACGACGACGAGUACGACGACGAAGACGACGUCGAGGACGAGCGCGUACAGCAGCCGGACCAGCGGCGGCGGGCGCGGGCCAAAGGCACAACCAGCGUCAAACGGUACACCGGAACCGAGUACGACGACGGUGGGGAAGGGGAGGAGGAGGAGGAGGAGGAAGGUUUCAUCGACUGGAGCGAGGGGACAAAGGGGGGUGGUCGGUUUUUGCACGGUAGCGCACGGGCGUACCAUGCGCUAGUGGGCGCAUUUGACGAGUCUGACCAGCCGGACGGGAACGCCAGUCCACCGUACUUUGGCCGCGUGCCGGCGUAUAAUGCGAGCAGGGCCAGUGGCCCAGUACCACCGACGCCCCUGCCCCGUCCAGCCGCGGUACGACCGUACGUACGGCCCGGGUCCCGGUUCUACCGUCGCCGUUCGCCGCUAGAGCCACCGACCACGGUGCACGGUUCGUCGCUUGGCUGCCUGCGCGAGAAACCACCGGCCCAGACGCGGUACGGUACCACCUACACCACCCAGCAGACGACGCACCACCAGCGGCGCGAAACAUCGAUCUCCUCACCGGGCAGUCCGGCAUCGAGCGGGGACGGUCCGGAGCAGCGGGGGCUAGCGAGGAGCCGCUUUCUCACCAUGUCCGGCGACGCAGACGCGGUGCGGACCGAGCACGAACCGGACCGUGCGAGAACGCCCCCAAAUCCUUCGGCAGCGAUCGGGGGCACCAAUACCGACAGCGGGCCGAGCGACGCACAGCCGACGAUGUCGGUCGGGGCGAACGACGCGCUGGUCGGGUCCGGUGCGAGCGCGAUCGCUUCGGGUCCGCCAGUAGCAUCGACUGGCUCGAGCGCGACAGCAGUGCCGUCGACAGCAGCGCACGCACCGACCAGUAACGGUACCAGCCAGCAGCAGCAGCAGAACCAGGCGAACAACAAUCACAGCAACACCGCAGUGGACGGACCGGGCGAUACAGGUGUGGCCGGUACGAAGCGCGAACUGAACGCGAAAGGUGCGGCACCGGCACGCAGCAAGGAGUCCGUAUCGCCGCUGCCGCUCAAGCGCCUGAACGGUACCGGCGGGAAGGACACGAACAACAACGCACCCGGGGACGGACAUCGCAGUCCGCUGGGUGCGACCACGCAAUCAACCAACGCCAACGGGCACACCGGGCCAACGCCCACCAACCCCAACCAACCGACGCGCCCGAUCGGCGGCAUCAAGGGGCGCAAGGGGGGCGGCUGGAAGGCCCGCCCGGACAGUGAGUCGUUCGGGAACGCGCUCAACUCGCCGACGGACGAGGACGAGCUGCUGGCCGGCAGCCCAAUAACGGUCCGCCGACAGCCGAUCAACGUCAAUCCGGUUAUCACGCGCGAUAAGCUCGCCAGCUCCGGGGGUAUCGGUGCUGGUGGUGGUGGUGGUGGUGGUGUUGGUGGUGUUGCGGGUGGGAGUAGUGUUAGUGGUGGUGGUGGUGGUGGUUGGGGACCAAGACAGCGGGGCGGCGUGGUUGAGCGGGGUAGCCGGAUUCAGAGUCCCGCCACCGGUACGGUGCCACAUCUGCACGGUGGGCUUGGUGGUGGUGUAGGACCCGGUGGGACGUCGAUGGACGUUGGGGGCGAGGGCACGACGACGCAGCCAGCCGCCGCUAACGCAACCGGUACCGCAACGGCCGCAGCCGGCGGUGCCGCCCCAGGGACAGCAGCAAGUACGCCGGGCGCCGGCCCACAACAGGCUGGUCCGGUACCGGUGAAGCGCAGCCAGUCGCGAAACGACGUGCUGGACCUGGACAGUGUACCCGGACCGUCGGGGCUACUGCCGAGCAACCCGGGCGUACCGGGCACGAUCGGGGGCAAUCCGCAGUCACGCUACUCAAACCUGUCGUUCUGGAAGGCGCGGCGGGUGCUGUUCUACCGGAAUGGCGAUCCCUUCUUUCCGGGCGUCGAGUUCCGGUUCAAGCCCGGGCGGGACAUCUGCACGCUCGAGGCGCUGCUCGACAAGAUCUCCGCCCGGAUGGAUCUGCCCCGGGGUGCCCGCUACAUAUUCUCGAUGGAUGGCGACCGGAAGUACUCGCUCGAUGAGCUGGAGGACGGCUCCAGCUACGUCGUCUCCUCGUUCAAGGUGUUCAAGCCGGCCAGUUACGGCAAGAAGAACGGCGUGUGGUACGCAUCACCGGGCAAUCAGGGAUGGGGGAGCGGUGCGGGCCCGGGCCGACUGGGCCGUAAACCGUCCGUCACCGAGGUGGACAACAUGCCGUCCGGCAGCCUAAAGCCGAGCGCUGGGCGCGUUAUUAGAAUAAUCAACAGUCACGAUCACAGCGUACAGUGUCGCGUGCUGCUGAACCUGCGCACAUCGCAACCGUUCGAGGAGGUGCUGGAGGAUCUCGGCCAGGUGUUGAAGAUGAUCGGAGCCAAAAAGAUGUAUACCAGCAACGGGCAGGAGGUGCGCAGUUUCUCCCAGCUGCGCAACGAGUUCGCCGAGGUGGAGACGUUCUAUCUGAGCAACACACCGUCGCUGCCGGUCGGUGCGCUCGGGCCGGGCGUUAUUCCACCGUCACCGGGGCGUCGUUCGCGGUCCCGGCUCGGCGGUUCCGUACCGGACGACCUGUCGAAGACGACCGCCCGGCAGCGUGCUCGCAGCAAGAGCCGCCCGCGGGUGUUGUACGCACCGGAGAACGAGCUGGUCCGUGCUUCGUCCGACUAUCCGCUGCUGGACGCGAUGAAGGAGGAGCCGACGCGCAUCACAAUCCGCGGACUGCGGCGUACGUUCUAUCCACCACUGCAUCAUCCGCCGAUAGAUAACGCACCGCCCGAUAAGAAGCUGUCCCUGUUUUGGGUACAUGGUUACCGUGGAAUUGAUUCCAAGCGCAACCUUUGGGUUCUGCCUUCCGGUGAACUGUUGUACUACGUCGCUGCCGUUGCCGUGCUGUACGACCGCGAGGAGGACGCUCAGCGCCAUUACACCGGCCACACGGAGGACAUCAUGUGCAUGGAGGUGCAUCCGUCGCGGGAACUUGUCGGCUCGGGACAGCGGGCCGGCCGGGACCGGAAGUCCCAAGCGCACGUGCGCAUCUGGAGUACCGAGUCGCUGCAGACGCUGUACGUGUUCGGUAUGGGCGAGCUCGACUCGGGCGUGAUUGCGGUCGCCUUUUCACAGCUGAACGGUGGCAGCUACAUCCUCGCGGUGGACGCCGGUCGCGAAAGCAUCCUGUCCGUCUGGCAAUGGCAAUGGGGUCAUCUGCUCGGCAAGGUGGCGACCCUGCAAGAAGGUAUCUGGGGCGCUACGUUCCAUCCGCUGGACGAUAAUCUACUGAUCACACACGGACGAGGCCAUCUCGCGUUUUGGCACAGACGGAAAGACGGUUUCUUCGAAAAGACAGACAUCAUUAAGCCGCCCUCAAGAACAUUUGUAACCUGCGUACAGUUUGAGCCGGAUGGCGACGUCAUAACGGCGGACAGUGACGGUUUCAUCACGAUCUACAGCGUCGACGCGGACGGUGCGUACUUUGUGCGCAUGGAGUUUGAAGCCCACAACAAGGCAAUCAGCUGCCUGGUGAUGCUGUCCGAGGGUACUCUUAUAUCCGGUGGUGAAAAGGAUCGCAAGAUUGCCGCCUGGGACUCGCUGCAAAACUACAAACGCAUUACGGACAUUAAGCUACCCGAGUCGGCCGGAGGUGUACGCUCGAUAUACCCACAGCGACCGGGAAGGAAUGAUGGUAACAUCUAUGUCGGUACGACGCGCAACAACAUCCUGGAGGGAUCGCUACAGCGGCGCUUCAACCAAGUCAUCUUCGGACACGGCAAGCAUCUGUGGGCGCUGGCAGCCCAUCCAGACGACGAGGUGUUCGCAACCGGGGGCCACGACAAGUAUGUGGCGCUGUGGCGUCGCCAGAAGCUGAUCUGGACGACGUCGGUCGGGUACGAGAUAAUCGCGCUUGCGUUCCAUCCGUACGGUGCCGCCCUGGCGGCCGGCAGUUCCGAGGGACAUCUGAUCGUGAUAAACGCGGAAAAUGGCGCCACGAUGCUAACGAUCCGUGUCUGCGGUUCGCCCCUGAAUGCGGUCGAGUUCAAUCAGGUCGGUGACAUGAUAGCGAUCGGGUCUCAGAACGGCAGUAUCUAUCUGUUCCGAGUGUCACGCGACGGGUUCUCGUACAAGAAGAUCAACAAGAUCCGGGGAUCGCAACCACUGACCCAUCUAGACUGGAGCAGCGAGGGCAACUUCCUGCAGUCGGUGACGGUGGACUUUGAUCUGCUGUUCUGGGACGUGAAGUCGCUGUCGCCGGAGAAGAGCCCGAUCGCGAUGAAGGACGUGAAGUGGUUGACCAGCAACAGUACCGUCGGUUUCCUGGUGGCCGGUCUCUGGAACAACCGCUACUAUCCUGCACCGUCGAACACAAUCAUCACGACGACGGCCCGUACCGCGGCCCAGGAUCUGGUGGCGGCCGGUGAUGCCGACGGGUAUCUGCGCCUGUUCCGCUACCCGUGCAUCACACCGCGGGCCGAGUUUACCGAGGCGAAGGUAUACUCCGGUACGCUCGCCUGCAUCAAGUUCCUGUACGGCAACCACAGUCUGGUGACGGUCGGUGGUACCGACGCGUCACUGAUGAUCUGGGAACUAACCGAGGAAUAG